AUGGCAUCUUUUGAAAUAAUCACGGAGUCACUUUUGGCUGCCAUAGAAGCUCAUCCAGUACUUUGGGAUAAAUCAUAUUCCAUGCACAAGGAUCGGAACGAAUGCAAAAAAGCUUGGAAUGAAGUCUGCCUGGCAAUGAACAGCGAUUUCCAAAAUUUUGAAGAUAGCUUGAAGAAUGAUUAUUGGAGGGCAAUUCUGAAACGUUGGACAAACAUCCGAGACGCCUACCUCAAAUCAUUAAGAAAAGAACAAUACUCACAAACCCCAAUAAAACCUUAUACAUAUAGUGAAAACUUAAAGUUUCUAAAAAACACAUUCAAACUACCAUCAGCUGAAGACAGCACUUUAAAUUCAUCCCUUACCAAUGAGCAUUUCAAUUUCGUGGAAGUUCCUGCAAAAAAUCUUUCUGAAAGCGACGAGAGCGAUCGGGAAAAUAAUUCUGCAAACACACUGAAAUAA